UACAACAUAUGCGGAUGCGGUUCGAUCGCGAACCCAACCCGAACCCAAUCCAUUUUAACCCGCACCGCACCGCGCCACGCAUUAACCCCUUCGCCUCUCUCUCCUUCGCUCCAACUACUAAACCCUAACUCCCCUUCUCCUCCACCACCUCCUCCUCCUCCUCCUCCGCCGCCGCCGCCGCCACCGCCGCCGACGCCGCCACCGGAGCUCGUUGCUCGAGAGAUCUUCAAUAUGGUGGCGGCCGAAGAAACUGGGGUUUUUGAUCGAUUUAAGCCUUCAACCGAUCAGGAUGCUUUAGAUGAAUUGGAGUUGAAGUCGAAGAAGUAUUUGCGAGGAGAAGCUGCUAAUUUAGAGGUUUUACAAGAUAAGAAACUAAAAGGCCAGCUAGCUGUGAGGGAGAAAUUAUAUGGCCAAUCUGCGAAAGCUGCUGCCAAGGCUGAAAAGUGGCUUAUGCCCAGUGAGGAAGGCUAUUUGGAGGCUGAAGGUUUGGAGAAGACGUGGACUAUCAAGCAAGAAUCUAUUGUUCGUGAGGUGGAUCUUCUGAGUGCAAGAAAAGCUUUCGAUAUGAUCUUACCUGAGUUAGGUCCUUAUACACAGGAAUACACAUCAAGUGGUCGUUAUAUGAUUGUGGGAGGGCGCAAAGGUCAUGUCGCAAUGAUUGAUAUGCUAAGUAUGGACCUCAUCAAGGAGUUCCAGGUUAGAGAAACUGUCCGUGAUGUGGUAUUCUUACAAAAUGAACAAUUUUUUGCAGUAGCUCAGAAAAAGUACCCAUUCAUCUAUAACCGGCACGGUACCGAAGUCCACUGCCUAAAGGAGCAUGGGAAACCUCUGAAGCUCCAGUUUCUAGACAAGCACUUCCUUCUCGUAUCGGUAAACAGCUUUGCGCAACUUCACUACCAAGACAUAAGCACAGGCGAGAUAGUCGCCAACUACCGAACCGGGCUGGGCCGGACCGACGUGAUGCGGUCGAACCCAUACAACGCUGUGAUCGGGUUGGGCCACUCCGGCGGCAAAGUGACCAUGUGGAAGCCCACCAGCGUGAAGCCCUUGGUCACUAUGCUGUGCCACCACGGCCCUGUCACCGCCCUCGCCUUCCAUUCCGGCGGCCACCUCAUGGCAACAGCCGGCAUGGACCGGAAAAUCAAACUGUGGGACCUCCGGAAGUUCGAGGUCCUUCGGACUUACUCCGCCCAAGCCCAAACUCUGGACUUCAGUCAGAAGGGCUUGCUCGCAACGGGUAAUGGAUCGAAAGUCCAAAUCUGGAAAGAUUCGGGGGGUCACGAGUACGAACCCUACAUGGCCCACGCGAUGGUCAAGGGUUACCAAAUUGGGAAGGUAUCUUUCCGGCCGUACGAGGACGUUUUAGGGAUCGGCCACUCCAAGGGUCUAUCCUCCAUCCUUGUGCCUGGCUCGGGCGAACCGAAUUUCGACACGUGGGUCGCGAAUCCGUACGAGACCAAUAAGCAGAGGCGAGAGAAAGAAGUGCACGCACUUCUCGACAAGCUCCAGCCCGAGACCAUCAUGCUCGACCCGAAGAAGAUCGGCACGGUGAGGCCGCCAAGGAGGAAAGAGAAGAAGGCGAAGAAAGAGGCGGAAGACGAGAUGGAAGAGGCUAUCGCGGCCGCGAAGAGUAUUACAGUGAAGAAGAAGACUAAGGGAAGGAACAAGCCCAGUAAGAGGGCGAAGAAGAAGCAGGAGGAGGUAUUCAAGGCGAAGAGGCCGUUUUUGGAGCAACCGAGUGAGGACGGCCAGCCGCCCGCAAAGAAGAAACAGCGGGUGUCUGAGGCUGACGAGCUCCCGAAAUCUCUGCAGCGUUUCGCGAGAAAGAAGACGGCUUAAUGUCUGUUGCCCAAAUUGGCGAACUUGUUCUCGUGUCCGAGCAUUCAUAUUCGAUCGAACAACAACGAAGCUUCAGCGGGAAUCAGAUGGAUCGAAAUGGAGGGCGCGGAUUUCUGCUUGAAAAUGGUGGAAUGAUUGCAGAUUUAUAUGUUUGGUCAAUUAUUUCUCUCUUGAAGCAUCUAGAAAAUACCAUAGGAUUUUUUUAUUUUUAUUUUUUUUGUGCUUUCAUAUAUGUAAUCUCAUUUAUUUUGCGACGACGGUCGCAGAGUGAAGUGUUUUCGUCGGCAUGCCUGAAUUUUUUUGGAAAUCAAGGAUUGCAAUGCUUUGAGAUUUGUUUCAGAUAUGUAUCAUGCAUGAGAAUUUGAGAAAAAUUUUUACUUGGUUGAGAGGUUAUUUGUCGAACUUUUUAAUUCAAUGUGGUUAAUCCUUCUUUA